CCCACAGCGCUGGAGAGAGAGUAUAGUGGGAGAGAGUGAGGGAGAGGGAGGGAGAGAGAGACAGUAGUCAGUUUGACAGAUAAGCACGGCGGAUGACUUGUCUCUCUCUGAACGCAAGUCAGUACCAAGAGUACCAGCCAAGGCAGUUAUCCAGAUGCACAAACACACACACAGACUCCACAGCCUGGUACAGACAGGGAGCGUGUGAAGAGAGAAGAGUUUCCAGGUGGGUCAUCAAAGGUUUCCCAAGCGGAGUCUACCAAAGUGUAAUGGGUUGCCCAGAUCAGAGACUUUUCCUCUGAUCCUGCAAAGAGAGCUAGUCCUCACACUGAGCGACCCCCGGGCAUGGAGAAGCUGACGGAGAAAGACAAGGAGCUGAUCCGAGGCAGCUGGGAGAGUCUUGGCAAGAACAAAGUUCCACACGGAGUCGUCAUGUUCUCCAGACUGUUUGAACUAGAGCCUGCGCUCCUCAACCUCUUUCACUACAACACAAACUGUAGCCCCACACAAGACUGCCUCUCCAGCCCUGAGUUCCUGGACCAUGUCACAAAGGUAAUGCUGGUGAUCGAUGCAGCAGUCAGUCAUCUGGACGACCUUCAUACCUUGGAGGAUUUUCUGCUCAAUCUGGGGAAGAAGCACCAGGCAGUUGGGGUUAACACCCAGUCUUUCACUGUGGUGGGGGAGUCCCUUCUCUACAUGUUGCAGUGUAGUCUGGGUCAUGGGUACACUGGCCCACUGCGUCAGGCCUGGCUCAACAUGUACACCAUCGUAGUGGCGGCCAUGAGCAGAGGAUGGGCCAAGAACGGGGAACACAAGACUGACUGAAACAUUUGCUGGGGUCUGCUACCAGUUUCUGUCUAAUGACCUUCAUGGUUGCUACGGAGUAAGGUUGUAUAGCUCACAGCCUGAAGGUUUUGAUUGCUGUAUAUUUCCUCAGUGAGUCUAGGGUUACAGUAGGGGAACAAAUCAUGUUAUCACACUUGACACCACAAACGAUGGUUGAAUCACCUGAUGUUCAGAGUUAACUGUUUUUGCUGGGGAUGUUGUAGCUGUAGAUAAUGCUGCUAUAACUUUGUGGGGAUGUUAUGUGUCAACCAGCUUUGCACGUGCUCUACGUCUUCAGUUUGAGUUCCUCAAAUUAGAGAAAGGGUUAAAUUAAUGUAAUGACUGAAUUUGCUUUGUAAAUAAUUGUCUUGAUAUACAUUGGUUUGCCAAAGUAUUCACCCCCCUUGGCAUUUUUCCUAUUUUGUUGCCUUACAA